AUGAUAGACCCGAAGUCGCGGCCGUGGUACGACUAUUUGGAGCGAUACAACUACAAUCCGCACGCCGUGUUUGCGGGAGGUGUGCCGAGCGUGAGCAACAACGAGAAGCUGAUGUGGCCCAAGCACAACAUGAAUGGCAUCUGUGGUGACGCCAAGAACCAGAACAAGUGGGACGUCCCAGGCAAAAUCGGCAAGACCUAUCAGGAGGGGCAGACCAUCAACGUCGACAUCAUGUUUGCUCAGAACCACCUGGGACGCAUGAAUGUGCGUGUGUGCCCCCUGGACGCCAAGGACGAGUCUAAAUGCACGACCCUUGAGAGGACUGAGGGCCGCGGCAAGGACUUUGACCUGCCUUGGACCAAGGGCUGGGCUGGCGUCACGGACGGCUUUACGCCGCCGGUCAACACGGUCGGCUUCAGCACUUACAAGAUGCCGCCCGUCGGCAAGGGCGAGGGCUGCGUCGCGUGGAGCUGCGACCAGUUCAAGGGGAUGUACGUGUACCGCACCUUCUGGAAGCUUCCCAAGGGGUUCACCUGCGACCACUGCAAGAUGCAGUUCUACUACUUGACAGGCUCCCGUUGCUGGCCGCCCUGCGACAAGGCGAACAAGGGCGACUGCCAGAAGCCCGUCGCCUUUGGCUACUGCGGGCAGCCUGGGCAGUCCUACAUCAAGAUCCAGCGCGCCAACACGGGCCGCAAGCUGGCAGGCGGCGGCGCCGAGGCCACUGCUGACUUCUACCCCGAGCUCAGCAAUUGA